AUGGCGGCCAGGAGGUCGGGGCGGCCUGGACCUCUACCUCAGCCGCGUCGUCCUUCCCGCCGCCGGCUCCCUCCACACCUCCCCCAAGAGCACGUGUCGCGGUACCACGACUGGAUGCAGGACCCGGCGCUGCUGGAGGCCACCGCGUCGGAGUCCCUCUCGCUCUCGCAGGAGUUUGAGCACACUUUCAUAGUGUUGCAUAAGGAGUUGAUAGAGGGAGAGUUCGUGCCCGGCAACCCGCACACUGAAGUCUUUAUUUCUUUUGGUCCCAAUGAGACAGUAUGGUAUGUGACGUGGAGAUCAGUACACAAUGGUAUCCAGCCAGCCAGCCAUGGUGGCCAGGUGGUCAGGGCAAUUCCUCAUCCGCGAUCUACUUACUUCCUCCUUCGCCUCUCCCGCCCAGUCCGCGUUUCUGGAGACAUUGAGAGAAUGGUUGUUUUUCUUCGACAAACCAAGGAGCACAGGCAGGUUCAUGCAGACAUAGACGCAGGGGUGAUAGCGCUCAGCUACCACAUCGUUGCAGCUGAACUCAUUGGUGUCGCAGCCGGAGCCCAGAGCUGGUGGUGCUGGUGCAGAUGUAAGUUAAGUUUCAAGACGAACAGAAAGCAGAACACUGAUGGGACAACGUCUCACUGCUGGAUUGCUGAAAGCCUGAAACUUACUGAAGCAUCCAUGUUGAUAACCUAUGUGGGGAUAGGUCGGGAGUAUGUGUUUUUCUGA